GCCAGUCCCGCGCCAAGCGCGCGAUCUGAGAGCCUUUCCCGACGUUCCUUGCGCGGCACCUGGCGACAAAAUGGCUGCCCGAGGGAGACGGGCGGAGCCUCCUGGUCGGGAGGCGCCCGGCCCGGCGGGCGGCGGCAGGAGUCGAUGGGCUGAAUCGGGGCCAGGAACGUCACCCGAGAGCGGGGACGACGAGGUGUCUGGCUCAAGUCCGGUGUCCAGCGGUGUGAACUUGUUCGCCAACGACGGCAGCUUCCUGGAGCUGUUCAAGCGGAAGAUGGAGGAGGAGCAGCGGCAGCGGCAGGAGGAGCCACCCCCGGGCCCGCAGCGACCCGACCCAUCGGCCUCCGCCGCGGCGGGCCCAGGGAAUCCGAAGAGGAAGGGCGGCCCAGGCCCCACGCUCAGCUUCGUGGGCAAGCGCAGAGGCGGAAACAAACUAGCCCUCAAGACGGGAAUAGUAGCCAAGAAGCAGAAGACGGAGGGAUGAGGUGAGUGGGCUGCUAGGGGUGCCACCCUAAUUGUCUUGUCUUUCCAGAUUCAGGCUUUGGAUGGGUGGGUCUGGUAGGGUGGGAGGUCCCCCAGAUAACCUGCCUCUGCUUAUUUUUAUCUCAAACCCAGGACAUUUAGGGGGACAUUAGGGAUGGGUUAUCUGUCUCAUUGUGUUCCUGACUCUUGUCCCAGCUGUUUCAUCAUCUGUCUUCCAACUGGUCCUCCCCUCUUCGACCCCACAGUAUUAACAAGUAAGGUGACGCAUGGGCCAAGUACAUGGCAGAAGUGAAAAAGUACAAAGCCCACCAGUGCGGUGAUGAUGAUAAGAACUCGGCCCCUGGUGAAAUGACCCCCUUCCUGGGUGCUUCACUGCCUGGGACUCUCUGCGAUGUAAUAACUAUUUAAAGUGGUAAUGGCAGCGGCCUUCCUGGAGGACUGAUACACGAGAAGGAAACCAAGGCGCUUCCGUGGCCGCAGACCAUUCUUCCAGGGACUCUUUUUUUUACCUUGAGCCUUGCCUCCUGAGACUUACUAGACCAGUGGUUUACUGUCCCCUUUCUUCCCACCACCUCGCUUUCUCUGGCUCUGUCUGUCUCUUCUCGCUGUCUCUCCUUUUAGCAGUCACUUCUGAGAAGUAAAGAACCUGAUUUAGUGCUGGA